GCACCAAAAAGUAUGAAGACAUUUGCAAUAGCUGCAUGGUAUGCAACAAUGGCCAUAGGAAAUUUGAUUGUUGUAGUAAUUACUGAAACUGGAUUAUUUACCAACCAGGCUCAUGAAUAUUUCUUCUAUGCUACGUUCAUGAUUUUCGACAUGGUUAUAUUUCUUGUGAUGAGCAGGAGUUAUAAAUUUGUUGACCCUGACUAUAGUGUUUCUUCCGAUGAAACAACUGAAAGUAUCCCUCUGCUUCCAAUGCAAUCGAAAAUGCCGGAAGAAUUAUUGCAGCUUGUAGAU